UGCUGCACGCGCCUUUCCGUCACCCAAGCCUGUAGCAUAGCAGGAAGACGAGGUUUGGCGAUGCUCCUGUCAUGUGCAGGAUGCGAGAAACCGAUACUGGAUCAGUACAUGCUCAACGUUUUGGAUCGAGUAUGGCAUGCCCAGUGUGUUCGCUGUUUCGAUUGUGGAUCCGCGUUACAGGACAAGUGUUACUCCAGGGAAGCAAAACUAUUCUGCAGGGAAGACUUUUUCAAACGAUACGGAACGAAAUGCGGCGGAUGUCUUCAAGGUAUCGGACCACAGGAUCUAGUGAGGAAGGCAAGGGACAAGGUUUUCCACCUGAAUUGCUUCACCUGCGUGGUCUGUCGAAAGAAGAUGAGCACUGGAGAGGAACUUUACAUUCUGGACGACAACAAAUUCGUUUGCAAGCAAGACUACAUGUCUGGCAAAUCGAUCCCAGACACUCAUCACGUGCAUGGUCAUCACGAAUCGUCCAACCUGUCGGCAGGAGGAGACUCUCUGAUGGGUUCCGGAUCGGAAGACGAGGACGAGGACGGUAGUGCGCACCAUCAUCAUCAUGGGGGUGUCGGUGGUGGUCAUCUUGGUUCGCACAAUAUGGGUCCUGGUGGACCAGGUGACCAAAAUGUUGGACAUACCGGGGAUCUACAGCUUGGGGCUGAUCCUUGCAAGCAAGAGGACUCUGAGGAUCAAGGUUCCCUAGAUGGUGACCCAGAAACAAGAGACAGUCAAACGGAAAACAAGAGUCCCGAUGGUGGUGCUGGUGGUGGAAGCGGGGAUGGUGGUGCGGGAUCCAAAAGACGAGGUCCCAGAACUACCAUCAAAGCUAAACAAUUGGAAAUAUUGAAGAACGCUUUCUCUUCUACACCUAAACCUACCAGGCAUAUCAGAGAACAAUUGGCUAAGGAAACUGGAUUACCUAUGAGAGUCAUACAGGUCUGGUUUCAAAACAAAAGGAGCAAAGAAAGAAGGUUGAAGCAAUUAACGUCGAUAGGUAGAAGUCCAUAUUAUGCUGGCUCGAGAAAGAUCCGAGGUUUCCCAAUGAAUUUAAAUCCAGCUCUCGGAGGAGAAGACGGUCCACCGCCUAGUUUUGCGUAUUUCGGUGAUAAGUUUGAAUUUGGUUAUGGUAGUCCUGUUACGUUUCAUCCAGAAUUUUUUGGUGCUCAUCCUCCACCUCAUCCACAUGGACCACCUUUCGCUGGACCAGGUAAUCCUGUACGUAAUCUGUUCUUGACAGGUCUAGACCCAGCCAGUUUAGCGGGUAUGGCAGCAGCAGUGGCGGUGACAGGGGAGUACCCACCUCCGGGUGCUGGAGGUGGUCCUCCGGAAUUUCUCACAGGGCCCCCUGGGCAGGGGCCUCCUGCACCCACUGGUGGCAGUCCCGGAGAGUUCCUAGCACCUUCAGGUGGAGCGCAGGGUAAUCCUAGUGGAGGAGGAAACGGUGGAGGACCAGGCGGUGGUGGUGGUGGGGGUGGGUUCCUCGAGCCUCACCAGAUGCAGAGCGAAGGUCUAGCCUGGUAGUACGAGUUUUAAUUACAACAAACACUUCCGCACACACACAUACACACACACACAUACAUGAAACAAAAAACGCGUCAUUCUCGUUUCCCUCCAAACUAAGAAAUAAUUAACAAAUAAUUAGCGAUUGAGAACAGGUAAGAAAAAAUUCAACAUUUUUUUCAAAGUUUCAUAAACGAUUGGUUGAAACGUCAUAUUUCAAGGCGCGAAUUGGUGCAUUCAAAAAUCUUACAACAAACUUAAGGAUAAACUCGACGACUUUCCGCGUGUACUACUCGUUUUCUGUAUAAAAAGAAUAUUAUUCAUAACGAAGAUCAUUAUAUUAUUAUUAUUAUUAUUAUUAU